CAGUGUGGAGUUUGCAUGUUCUCCCCGUGCAUGCAUGGGAUUUCUCCGGGUAUUCCAGUUUCCUCCCACAUUCCAAAAACAUGCAAGGUUAAUUGGCCACUCCAAAUUGUCCAUAGGUAUGAAUGUGAGUGUGAAUGGUUGUUUGUUUAUAUGUGCCCUGUGAUUGGCUGGCCACCAGUCCAGGGUGUACCCAGACAGCUGGGACCCUUGUGAUGAUAAGCGGUCCCAGCAUCUCCAGGAGCUGUCUCUUUUUAUUUGUUUUUAAAUCUUCACAACACACCCAAAAAAGAAAGACAUACAUGUUCGAAUCCCACAUAAGGAUUGUGGACGAUGGGCAAAAUUCCAUAAAAAGUGCACUUUUCCUUUCACUGAAUAUAGGCCAGAAAAAGAGGAGCCUUGAAAGUUUUUCCUCUUACAAGUGCUUAAUUGGCUUUUAAUAUCCAGUGUAGUUGCAAAAAGGGCCUGCGGUAAGAAGCGCUAAUUAACGUCUUUAUUUUCAGUCUCUUUGUCACCAUACUUUUCACAGCAGAUGGGAAUAAAACUGAAACAUGGCCUCAAGUUAAGUUGUUUCAAAAACAGGAAAUGUCUCAGCUGUUUCCCUUUUCACAGUUUACCUGACUCUGAACGCAGCGUUUCGUGGUUGCAUAUCAAGUCGGGAGGUCAAAUGAAAUGAAUUGGGAAUGGACGCUUCCCCGCUAAACUUAGUGACCUUGUUUUGUUAAGUUUAGUGAGGGAUGGGAUCUAGCGAUGGUCUCCCUCAACAACAUGUAGGCGGUGAUAGCCCCGUGGAGAGAUUUGUGCUGCUUUUGCUUAAUGAAGCAAGAUCAAACAUGCUUAAUGUGCCUUAGUAGGAUGGAGAAGAUUGAGAUAAAGAGACGCAGGUUUAACAGUGACUCAUCCUCUCUGCUUUCUCGUGUUUUUCCUGGAGCUGUAAAAGCCUCCGAGCUUGGAGGCCGCGUUAAAUCACCAAAUUCAGUACGGGGGAAACUUAAUCUGGAUUGGUUUUAUUAAUAGAAUUAUCCCCUGGGCCAAGUCACUUUGAAGUGGUUUAAUUAAAACCCUUUCCGUCUUUCUCCAGUUAAUUAAGACUGAAGACGUCGCCUCAUGAUGAUGUGUUGCUCCAGCUAGUUGGAGGUGAAACAGUCAGUGCUUUCCCGAUGUUUUACUGAUCCUUCACAGCUCCGACGUGCCAGAUUGGAUCCCGGACCGGCAAUGCCCCAACGCGCCUUUUGAUUUCCCGAGGAUCUCUCCCUGGAGGAGAGAGAUGAGCUGUGCAACAUCCGGCGCAGGAAGCGAGAGCUGCUCGACGACAUCGAGAGGUUGAAGUUUGAGAUUGCGGAGGUCAUGACAGAAAUCGAGCAGCUGACGUGUGUCGGGGAGAGUAAAACCUCCCAGAGAAACAAGCAGAUCGCAAUGGGCAGAAAGAAAUUCAACAUGGAUCCUAAAAAGGGCAUCCAGUUCCUGCUGGAGAACGACCUCCUUCAGCACACUCCAGAAGACAUCGCCCAGUUCCUCUAUAAAGGCGAGGGUCUCAACAAGACCAUCAUCGGGGACUACCUAGGCGAGCGGGAUGACUUCAACAUCAAGGUGCUGCAGGCGUUUGUGGAGCUGCACGAGUUUGCAGAUCUCAACCUCGUCCAAGCUCUACGGCAGUUCCUGUGGAGUUUCCGUUUGCCGGGUGAAGCUCAGAAGAUCGACCGCAUGAUGGAGGCCUUUGCGUCACGCUACUGCCAGUGCAACCCUGGAGUCUUCCAGUCCACAGACACUUGCUACGUGCUGUCAUUCGCUAUCAUCAUGCUAAACACCAGCCUGCAUAACCCCAACGUCAGAGACAAGCCCCCCGUGGAGCGUUUCAUCUCCAUGAACAGAGGCAUCAACGAAGGAGGAGACCUUCCAGAGGAGCUUCUCAGGAACCUCUACGACAGCAUCAAAAACGAGCCGUUUAAAAUCCCAGAGGAUGACGGCAACGAUCUGACGCACACGUUCUUCAACCCCGACAGAGAAGGCUGGCUUUUAAAGCUUGGCGGCAGGGUGAAGACGUGGAAAAGGAGGUGGUUUAUACUGACGGACAACUGCCUGUAUUACUUUGAAUACACAACCGAUAAAGAACCACGUGGGAUUAUCCCCUUGGAGAACCUAAGUAUCCGAGACGUGGAUGAGCCUAGGAAACCUAACUGCUUUGAGCUCUACAACCCCAACCACAAAGGUCAAGUGAUCAAGGCCUGCAAAACUGAAGCGGACGGACGGGUCGUGGAGGGCAAUCACGUUGUUUACAGGAUAUCGGCCCCCACGCUGGAGGAAAAGGAGGAAUGGAUCAAAUCCAUCAAAGCCAGCAUCAGCAGGGAUCCUUUCUACGACAUGUUGGCCACCAGGAAGAGAAGGAUCGCCAACAAGAAAUAACCAAAGGCCGUCUGCUGUAACACAUCUCCAUCCACAUCUUCUGCGUGGGAAGUCCUUAAAACUACUCUCUCACCUGUGGAACAGUUGUAGGUUUAAUUUCAGACACAAUUUUACCAGCAAGGAUGUGAGCGAGGAUGGAAGCAGACUUUUUUUUUCGCAGUUGAUGUGCGGAUGGCGCCCUCUGUUGGAAUUACAAGGAACUACGUUUAAUGGCGUCCCUCUGUUGAACUAAGGAACUACAUCCAUGAUGCUAUGAGAAGCCUCAAUCAAAGUAAUCAGCUGGUCUGAUUUAUGCAAAACGCACCAAUUUACUUUUAAUUUACAUCUCAUCUUUCAUUAUGUGGUUGGAAAAAAAUGCUUGGCACCUUUGAAUGCAUCACUUCCCAUCAGUUGUAAACAUUUUAUGAAGAUCCACCUGUUUUGUGACAAUUAUAUGUAAUUUAUUUUGGUUUUUAACAAAAUCACCAAUUGACAGUCUGCAUGAAAAAGAUGUACAUAGUGUUUUUUUUUUUCCUCCUUUCUUUUACGUAGCUUGUGAAUCCUUCUAUGGCCAUGUGACCGUUAUAAUACACCGUUAGUUCAACACUUUCACAAUCAGAGGCCCAAAGGCCUGGAAAUACAUGUGGUAUCCCGAAGGUUAUUUUUUAGCAAAUGAAUAAAGAUGCAAACAUGAUGAUGGGGGUAAAAACCAAAAAAAAAAAAUGAAAUGAUCUGACUGCUCAGAGCAGUUCUUUGGUUAUUUCAUAAGCCAUGUGAUUUUCCUUAGAAAACAAAGAAUUUGAGAUAUAAAAUGACAAGAACUUCGAACAGACGAUUAUGAGCUUGCAUUCAUUGUAAGUGCUUAUUUACUGUGUACACAAAUUCAUUUAACUGCAGCGGAGAUUACAAUCUAUUUUGUAAAAAAGUAAACUUUUCUUAACCCACUAAAAUGUGUAACUCCUCACUUCCAUCAGUUUUCAGUGCAGUUUUCACACAAAGUCAAAGAAAACAGUACAAUUUCUGACAUUAUCAAAUGUAUUUUAAGGCCUUUUACCUUGUACAAUGUAUAAAUGCUGACAUGCUAAAUGAAAAGGUAUAACACAAGUUUUCAACUAAAUGUCAAAAAGUUGCAAAAUCCAAUCACAAUCCAUACUCAUCACCGACUUUAGUCCAGAGAAUGAGCAGAAUUAGCGAGUUCAUCUAAAAACAAAACAUCAAUUUAUAAUCCUGAUACAGGAGUUUUACAUAUAAAAGUAACUGAUAGUACAGUUGAAAAAUUAAAUUCACAGUAUUCCUUAUGAUGCUAGAAGACGCAAACUGGACUUUUCCUCCUCAUUUCAAAACAAACACAAAUGGUCCAUACAGCUGUGAUUACCGAUUACAUUUUGUGAGCAAUUUCUUUUUUUUGUGUGUGUGUAUGUGGAAAUAGAAUGUGAGCUGAGAGACACGGGAAUGACUUAAAGAACCAAAAAAAGACAAUUCGGCUUCACAAAACAGUUCAAGAAAAGCUGGGAAAUGUGCUCAAGUCUGUCCAGGGUAAUAACGUGGAGGUAUCAGUCAGAGAAGCUUUGCUCGUGUGUCUUGUUCGUAAUACCCCCACCCCGCCCCCCCCAUCCCACCCUUCUGCAUUUGUUAGUGGGCUGCCACGAGUGAUAACAAAUGACGCUAAAAAUGAUCAUGUGGCGCUCUUCCAAGCGUUCCUCAGCAGCACACGUUUCCCUUUGUCUCUUUCUAAUUGAAUGUGACGCCAGAGGAGGAUGAGUUGAAGUCCUGAGUUUCCGCUGAGCAGCAGUUGAGAUGUGUAAGCUCCAGGCUUUGUUUGUGUUCAUAUCAUGUAUAUAUAUUAAUAUUUGUCAUCAAUAAUCGUCCAACAGGAGCCGGAGAGCUACUGCAACUGAAUCAACGCUUUAAAAAGUGAACAUUUAAAACACAUUACUUGUGGUAAAAAUACAAUUGUUCCCAAUGAAGCACCACGUCAAUUAGUCAUUC